UCUUAUACUAUUGGUAACACGUGGACGGUUAAACCGUCGGAACACGUGGCCAUCAUGCUAGUGAUCCUGACUCCUCAGCCGCGACGGAGGCCAAACGAGCUCCUCCUGUCGGGGCAAAAGUCUUUCUGGAGAGGGGAGCCGUCGCCCGAACCUACGUUAACCUCAACGCAAUUCCUCACCGGCUCAAGCUAGCAAAACCCAGUUUCGUUCGACCGACCCCUGCAAGAUCUUUAUAAACAAACCCAAAGCAGGCAAAUCGGUCCCACGGACACGAAAAAGCACGUCCUCAUGUAUUGAGAGGAAGGGAGUUGUCUUGUUGCUUCUUCAAGAGCCGAAUGGAUAUCGAGCAGAAACAGGCGGACCUGAUCGAGCAUUUCGUCAAACAGGUGAAGAGUCCCAGUGGCGCUCCUGUUUCUAAAGCUAUCGUCGACGCCACAUCGCAUCCUUUGCUUUUCACAUUCUCUGAGAUUCUUUCCCUUACUAACGUUGCUGAGCUUCAGGGUACUGAAUAUUCUGUAUUUCUUGACAUGCUUCAAUUGUUUUCUCGUGGCACAUGCAGCGAUUACAAGAGUAACAUUGGCCAUAUUCCUGCACUGUUACCUGAUCAAGUCCGCAAGCUAAAGCAACUUAGUGUGCUUACACUGGCCGAGACAAAUAAGGUGCUUUCUUACGAUCAACUGAUGCAAGAACUUGAUGUUUCAAAUGUACGUGAGUUUGAAGACUUUGUCAUCAAUGACUGCAUGCAUGUUGGUAUAGUGAGAGGGAAACUGAAUCAGCUGCGCAGAUGCUUUGAGGUACAAUGUGCAGCAGGACGGGAUUUGAGACCAGGACAGCUUGGAAGCAUGAUAGAAAUAUUAUCAGCUUGGUUGACUACUUCAGACAAUCUACUUGUAUCAAUUCAAGAUAAGAUCAAAUGGGCUGAUACAAUGGGUGAGGCAUACAAGAAACAUAAAAAAGAAAUUGAGGACAAGGUGGAAGAAAAGAAGUCCCUCAAGGCAGACAUGGGAUUACUGGGGCAUGAGGAGAUCCACCCUGACUCCCUGAGCUUGAUGGAGUUACGGACUAUGAAGAAGAUCAAGACCAACCCAAGCGGAGGCGUUCUUUGUAAUCUUAAUGAUGAGGCGAGGGGGAUGGAACAAUUUGGAGGGUUGCCGGUUGAUAUGCUGGAUUUUUGUUCGAGGUAUUCCACCAUCAUGCAAUUCAUGCCAUCAGAUUGCAUUGAUUUUCUUCCUGUCCUCUGUCAGCAAUCAAGCUCCAAUGUUGCAUUGUGCUGUGAGCUCUGACAAUGGUUAAUGGGUUCUUGUUUUCUUUUUCUUUUUCUUCUGUCUUUACUCAUCUUGCAACUUAUCUUUGUAGUUGAAACUCAACGGAACAGGUUGAAAGUGCUGCCGUGAUUAGACAAAAUCAAAACAAGUAGUACUCAACCUGGUUCUAGCUGGCCUCAUGAUUACUUGAUCUUGACUAUCUACCACUGUUUUGGAUGCUCAACGACAUUGCAUAUUCUCAUUUCUUUUAAUAAUGCAUCUAGGGUUAAAAAUGUCUUCUGAUGAACUAUCAAAUUAGAUUGGAGUAAUUAAUCUUGACCAAGAAGAAGCGAUGGAAUUUCAAUUUCCUCAGUAGGAACACCUGCUGAAGGGCUGGUGGAAGCUAGGCCUGUUUGGAAACCAAGGAAUCAACAGUGUGGACAUGGAUAAAUGUAAUGAUUACAUGUUUUUAAGUACUAGAGUCCAAUAGAUUCCGGAAAGGAGUACUGUUUGGACAACAAUGUUGAAGUCUUAGAUUUAUUAGAAAAUGAUCGUCUUGUAUCUUAGGCUAGAUAAUUGAAAAUGCGGAUGAGUGUAAUUUCCCAUGACAGGCCCUAUCCCAAUUGUCCCUUCCUGGAAGAAAUCCCCAGGCUGGUGGAAUUAGUGUCUUGUUGAGAAACAAGAAUGUUGAUGUUCUCUUUUCUUGA